AAAUAAAUAUGGCGAUUUGUGUGAGUGAUGUGAUGUGACUUGACGUCCGCAGACGUCCGUGUUGUUCGGUAUCUUUAUUAUUUUUGUUGUAGUGUGCUGUGCUACACGCUUCUUAUACAAAAACGAUGAAUUUAAUUUUUAAGUACUGGUAAAAAUGUAAAUGGGAGGAUUGUAAUGGAAUCUUUCGAAGAUUCAAAUUGUCACACUCUCGGCGACAGCUUUUCUGUGUACGAGCGCUAUUUGAGAAGUUUUAGUGUUGUUGAUAGGCUUGUUGAAGAAGAUCAACACGACUCUAGUUCUUCCAGUACAGGUAACAUUGAAUUGUCGGCUGUUCGAACGAACCACUGCCUUUCGGCUGAACUGCAGUACGAAAUAUUGGAUUCAAGUAUUUGCAAAGUUGUCCAAGAUAAAACAUUAAUAAAUGUUGAUACAAAACCUAAAAGUCCAUGCUCCUUGCAAGGUACGUCAUUACAAGAUAAUAAUUCAUCUACUACAGUCGAACAGAGCUUUUUAAACGAUCAAUCUGGACCAAUAGAUGUCCCCUUUUCAUCUGAAGACUCGAAACCAGAAAGUUUUAAGCAACCUAUUUUUAUAACCUCUACCAUGGAGAACAGUAACAAUGCUGUUGACAGUGUACCUAUGUUUCGUGAUGUGAGACCUUCUGAACAGAUAUUUAAAUUGCCUAUAAGCGAACUUUCAUUCAAUGGUACUUUGAAGCAUGUGCAAAAGCUAAAACCGAUUGUUGACCCAUUAACUGCACUGAGUUCAACUAGAACUUUAGUUAACCUAAGUGAAAAGGUUAUAGAUCAACCUUCGCCUUUCCUGAUAAAACCUGAUGAUAAAAUUGAUAUAAAUCAUGAUGAUGAUCAACAUCCCAGCAGCACAUCAGAUGAUCAAAGUACAUUUGAGAAAAAUUUUAUUGAUAGGACAAUUGAAAGUACAGGCGAUUCCCAGUAUGGAGAAAAUAAUUGUAGAAAAGAUAAUCCAUUGUUCAAUGAUGAUGGCAGUAGUACAAAAUGGAAUUCAGAACAAAGUUAUUCUUCUCUUGAAGCAUCCUUUGAUAGUGGAGUCAGAUCUCCAGAUAUGUUCUCUGAUGAGGAUGAUGAAAUAGUACAUGCACCAGAACCAUUUUGGAAUUUUCUUAAAGAUUAUGAAGCUUAUGACAAGAAACGUGUUAGAAAAACUGAGAUGAUUCUUCAAGGGGUCCUGCCUCCCCCAUCAGUUACUAUUCUCAAAACUGAUGUGACCCAAAUGCUCAAGAAAUACUACUGCUUUUUACCAGCAUUUAGCAAUGACGAAAAAGUCCCCAUUCCAGAAUCUAACCCUGUUACACCUACCAAAAUGGUAUCCUUUGUUCAUAUACCAACAGAACUAGGAACUUCCACACAUGAGGCAUUGCCAGAAAGAGCUAAAGAUUCAACUCCCUUAGAUGGACCAAAAUGUUCACUAUCAAGUGAUACUAUUAAAUCUGAAUCAGAAUUAGAUACAAGUGCAAAUGAGAAAAGUAUUAAUUUCAAAACCUGCUCUGAAAUGGAAGCCAAAGAAACUGCUUGGCCUGAAGUGUUGAAAUGCAGACAUUAUGACGUUUACUACAAUGUAACCAAAUAUUCUGAGAAGUUUGAAUGUCUUGCAUUACGUUAUGGCGAGAGGUAUGUGGGCGCAGAAACUGACACUAGUGUCAGCAUACACUCAGGAGGAAUGCAGUCACCAAGCAGUGCCAGUAAAAGAAAAGCACUAAGACUUGCCCAAGCGAAAUCUCCAGGGCGACGUCUAUCACAUUUGGCACGUCGCAGGCAGACAUUCUGCAGUGCUGCUACCAUCAGUGAGAAGGCACAAGCAACAGCUUCCAAAAUGGUCCUCAUAGACAAAAAUUUCUUCCCACACAGAAAGCUGAUCAACACAUCCGAAAGGAGGAGUCCACGUAAACUGGGAUUCCGACGAACACCCGGCAAGAAGACGCCGUUACGCAAAACGCCAGGCAAAAAGACACCGGCCAAAACUCCAAAACAACAAAGUGGCGGUUCCAGUCGAAAGAAAGCCAUGAGACGUCUCCUGAUGGAUACAGAGAAUAUGACUAGAUCGCAACCGACUCGAGAAACUUUGAAGAGAGCACUCUUUGUCAGUCCAGAGGGUAGAAAGACAGUCCCACCUGGGCCAAGCACAUCAGUGCCGUUACAGGCAAUGAAGUCCAAAAGGGCCUUAUUUGGGUCGCCAAUCAAGGCAGAAACUAAAAGUUGCGAUGGAAUGCAAAGCGACCAGCUUAUGAAAAGAAAACGCGAUGCAUUGGACGAUGAGCCUCUAAAUAGCAGAAGUAAAAUUGCAAAGAGUUUGUCUUUCGGAUGUGAGACAGUUGGUUCCUCCCAAUCGUUUUCCUUCAGUCGCCGAGCUUCGGAAGUCGUGAUGUCGAAGAGUAUGGCAGAAUUGAAUGACCACCAUAAACAGAAACUCCUGUGGGCCGUGACGGCUGCGUUGCGCGUGCACGGAUUGAGCAUGUCGUCGCCCGGCUUCCGUGAGAAGGCAUCAUCGUUGGCGCGCCUCACGCGCAAGCUAUUGACACUUCCGCCGCACGCGGCCCGCCUCGCCGCACCGAACCAAUCCACCUCUGAUACUAUGCUCAAGAUUGCACGUAUAUACGUGUACGCAAUUAUUCAAGGCCGGACCGUGGACGACUGCUUCGAAGAGGAAAAGACCAAAUUAGCGAACGAAGCCAACAGUAAAAUAUCCGGUUACAUAUCGGCCAGUGCAUAUCAACAGCUAAAGGCUAGACAGGCACCGACCAGCACACUUACUUCACGUAUAAAAGAAAAUACAUAUAGUGAUGGGUCCGUCAAACCAGAACAACCUAGGAGUAAUUCGAAGAAUGUCCUUCAGGACAAGUUGGUGAAUAUAGACACGAAUUCUAAUAGUAGUAGUAGUAUUAGUUUAAGCUUAUUGAAGUCGAAUUCCAUGCCUUCGUUCGAAGAAGCUGCUAAAAUGAGGGCCCGCAGGCAAAUUAGUUUCGACAAUGUGGAUUUCCCUAAAAGGUGAUGUGUUUAUGUAGGUAUGUACAAUUUUAUUUUUGAGCACAGUCACAUGUGAACCGUAGUCAUAGUGUUUUAUAAUUCAUGUCAAUUUGGCUUGUUUUUUUAUUAUAAGCUACAAAAAAUAUUAACAUUUUUGUGAACCAAUUUUAUGAGAUUGACCAUGUUUAAGAUGACUUGAUACUAUAAUAUCAGAUCAAAAUAUGAAAGCAUAACAAUAUUUCAGUUUGAAAAUUAAAUAAUAGUAAUUAUCUACCCCCCAAUAACCGUUUUUGGUUAAAUAGAAGCUUCUUAGGGCUAUGGCUGCGUUUCCAUAAAAGCAGAACUGUUCAAAGCUGAGCUGACGUUUAAAGAAACUGACGAAUGGCAUAGCUCUAAAUACGCACACUAUGAAUAUUGAACCAUGCUAUUAACACAAUUUCUCUAAGAGUGCUCAGCGCCGCGUAGUUCCGCUUCUGUGGAAACUUAGCUUUAAUAUCUAUCGGAAUUAACGGAUUUUUCAAUAUAACUGGUUUUACCAUAUCUGUUAAUUCCGAUAUUAUCUGUAGCUAGCUACAUGUCACUGCAACGACAUGCGUUCUCCAAAGAUCCUGGGCUAGAGUCUCUGGUGGAGCUUCUCUUUAAGUAAUGAAUACAAAUAUUUUGUGUUAUAUUCAUAGUACCAGCUUAAUAUUAAUGUCUAUAUUUUUAGUACCUUUUAUUAUUGGAAUAUAACAAUGGCUACUUACUAACUAAACUAUGAUAUUUCCUCUUACUGGAGAUAUGAUAUUGGAAACGACUGAUAUUGAGGGUAGUUCCGACUUUUAUUGACUCUACAAACAUGUUCCUAUUUUACUAUUGUAGGAGUUUUAGACGAGGCGCACAAGUACGGUUUCCUGAUCUAGGAUUCCGUGAGCCUAACGCAGAUGUUUCGUUUUUUUAUUAGUUAGAGUCCAAAUAGAACGUUGUUUUUUUUUCCAUUCUGAAAAAAGAAUAGUAUGCUCCUCAUUAAACAUUUGUAUAUAAGGACGGGCAUUCAGGUUUCCGGAUCGGGAUGCCUGAUCAGGAAACCGUACAUGUGCGCCCAAUCUAAAACAUAAAAAGAAAAUGAUAUUGUACAAAAGAUUAUUUUGUGAGAUUCAUGAAAAAUGAUUUACUCACUAGACAGCACACUGUAUCAAUUACCUGACAAUCUUAUAAUGUGAAUGGACCUUACGGGUUUCAAAAUUUGACAUACAAUCUUCGAUCAUUGAUAAAUCGAAGCAAACAAUAUAAUUUUCGUGAAAUUUAGUAAAAUUAAAUAUUAAUUAAGUUCAGUGUAAAUAUGUUUGAUUUCUAUUUAUUUAAGAGAAACUGUUAGUGUUUUUGUAUUGGUGAACAUUGACCUAUAAUUCAAUGUUAGAGCAAAAAUCAUCGAGUGUAAAUGCAUAGCGGAUUCUAAUCUUAUUACUGCUUUAUUAGAUUGGUUAGUCAUGCGUUCAACACGAGUUUAGAAAAUAUGUCACAAAAAUUUUGCCUAUACAUAGGUAAAACAGUGUCUAACUUUUUUGUAGUACAACUAUUAUGUUUUGACGCACAAAUAGGGUUGGGAAUUCUUUCAAAACCCCGGGACACGAGACAGCCUACGAUCUAAGUCCCGGGACAUACCGGGACUUCGAGACUUUUAAGAAUAUAAUUUCAAUUUAGUUAAUUUCUGGUGUAAAUUAAUAAAUUUUAUUGUAAAAAUCGAUCAUUGACGAUUUUACAAAAGCGCCGCUGCAACAGAAACACCGCACCACACUCACUCACCUCAUACAGUGCCACUAAGAUCUUGUGCAUUUAGAAUACAUUGACAGGAGGGUGCUGCUCAUUAGUAAGUGGUGAAAUGUGUCACAUUUGUAAUAGAAAGUGACUUCAUGAGUUACCUCAUAUUGAAGUCAUUUUUCAAUUUGACGACUCUGUAUAUAAUACAGGGAGAAAAAAACAGCUCUUGCUGAGUUUCUUGCCGGUUUUUCUCAGUACAAGGUCUCCCGCCUUAGAUUUGCGAACCGAAGGCGUAGCUUUUCGACAUGCACAAGUGCUUGUAACAGCCUAGACUGAAUAAACGAUAUUGAUUAUUGAUUUUAACGUACGUACGUAAAAUCUCUUCACUAAAGAGAACUUUUUAUAAUAACUCGGAUAGAGAAAUAGGAAAUAUAAAAAGGUUUAUUUACACCUCCCUUUAUAAAUAAAAGGCUUUAUAUCUUCUUAAAAUAAGUUUCGAUUUCGGCCACGCGCCACAAGAUCUUGGUCGCACUAAAUUAAAUUGACGACUGACUGAGCUAACACAGACACAAUCACAAUCCAAACGUCACAGCACAAUGAAUGUAGUGACGCGGCAAACGCAUUUAUAAAUAAAUAAUAAUAAAUAAAGAUAUUUAUUUUCACUCUAAAUUACAAGUGUUCCAUCGAAACAAUCAAUGGAUGCAUUAAUUGUUUUUCUAAUUUUAAGAGGUAAUCGUUGACAGCUGUAAUAGUAAAAACUGUGUAUAAUUAAUAGUAAAAUUUAUUGUGUUGUGUACUCAAUAAUUAUGUAGUAGACCAUUUAAUUAUUCAUUGAAAUAAUAGAACUUUAAUUUUUUUGAAAUAAAAAGUCCCUAGUCUCGACCCGAAAGUUCGAUAAAUUUACAAAAAGUCUCAGGACUUCGAAAUAUGAGACGUCCCGGGACCCAAAACCCUACGCACAGAGCACCCCAGUAGAGUCUCAAUUUAUCGAAAUCGCCAAAGUUUGAGCUUAAGUGGAAGCGCCGCGUAAAAUGUGACGUGACGGUAAAGUUAGAGAUGAGUUAAAAAUUUUGGUUACCCAUUGGUCUAUAAGCAAUUUCAUUCGCUUCGGGAACCGUUGACCAAGUAAAGUCCUUUAAUAUAUAAUUUUUAUUUAGUCUAAUUAUUUUUAUUUGUGUGACUAUUUUAUGUUUUAAGUGUCUCCAUAACGACGUCGUUAACUAGCUCAUUAAUGUUCUUCCUUUGGAUAGAUUUGUUGUUUUGUCAUAUGAUUAUAAUUUUAUUUUGUUAUUUUGCAUGACUUAUUUAGCAAUUAAAAAAAAACAUUAUUAUGUGUGAGUCGCGCUAAUAACGAAGUGUUCUAUUAAAAGCGGUCGUUUUAAGAUAUGUGGGCAGAUGUUUUCUGUAUUUCGAUGCGAAGAAAAAUCGUAAUAUUACAGAGUUGCCAUGAUACAUGCAAAAUGCUCUAUGUUAGAAUUUAGACGAGCUAACUUUGCUAUUUUGAAUUUGAGCAGAAUCAAAUAAUCUAUUAUUAUGCUGGCGAUCAGCAAAUCUAGUUUUUAUUAUAUUAUCAAUCAACAAUGAUCUCGGGCAAAUAUAUUUUUUCCAUUAUAUUGCAUGGUUGUAAGUACAAUUAGUAACUGUUAAGUAAUUUGUAGUAACUACAAUAAUACAUUUUUUUUAAGGAGAGAUGUAUUGAACUGCAAUGGGUAUUAAUAUACCCUUCUUUAUUGGCGCGAAUUAUAAAUCGCUUUGUUGAUAUUACUCAGUCAGGAGGCAGUCAAGCAGGCGUAUAUCAUACGUAGUUAAUCUAUUCCAUCAUAGCUUGGUAGACCCACCAACUACGAUAUUGCAAAGCGAAUUUUAUAAAAAUAAUAAUAACACCGUGAAUUUGCAUCUAAAGCACACAAUUGUGGCGCGUUUCCUUUGUUAAAGUACUUAAAUUCAAGUAUGACGAAAGCACUCGCGUGCAAGUUACUUAAAUGAGGUUAUUAAGGUAAAUUUACGUCAUUAGUAAGCGCCACUGUGACGUCCAACAUGCAUUUAAAUUUAUCCAUAGACUAUGACGACUAUAUAUACUAUACGUGAUUUGACGGAUGAGUAGACCUUUCGUCUCAGUGCGCCACCUGGUGCCUGUCAUUCCAGAAAACCUUCAUUAUUGUAGAAUGUAAUUACGCAACCUGUUAAAAUGGUAUCUAUAUAUUGUUCAUACAAUAACUGUGACGAUUUUAUGAAAAUAUGUAAUGUUUAGAUUACCUUUCUAACAAACUUGUAUAAGUACAGUUAAAACUAAAUACUGCGGGCUUAUUGUGUUAUUCUGCUCAAAAAUAUAUUAUUAUUUAUAAAUACAAAUAAUAUUAUUAUUAAAAAAAAUGUUUUAAAAGUAAACUAAGCAUAAUAAUAAUCUUAUUUAAUUAUUGUAUUGGUAUAAAUCUAACUUACCAAUGACAAUUUUCAAGACAUUUGAAUGUAAAAAAAUCCUUUUGUAUUACUAUCAGUCAGAGUCACAUAAUAGGCCUGUAGAUUAAUAGCGAUGUUAUGGUACCUAUGCAUUUCGCUUUUUUCUUCGAUAAGAUUCACCUAUGUAGUUUAAUAAGAAUAAAUGGUGUGUGUUUUCAUGGUGUAGUAUAAAUGCUUUACUAUUGCUGAGCUCGAUCUCAGGUGUAAUUGAUAAGUAAUAAAUUAUUUUUUUCUCA